AUGCGGGGGCGCCUGCUGCGCGCAUGGCGCGAGGGGGUGAAGGCGGCGCGCGGGGCGGCGGGGCGGGCGGGGGCGUCGCCGCCAUGGCGGGUCCUCUUCUUCGGCACCGACCGCUUCGCCGUCACCGCCCUGCGAGCUCUGGAGGCGGUCAGGGAGCCCAGCGAGGACGCACUUGUGUCCAGGCUGGAGGUGGUGACCCUGCCCNCCCGCCAGCCUGGGGACCUGCCUGUGAGGAGCUGUGCCCGGGAGCUCCAGCUGCCUGUUCAUGAGUGGCCACACACAGGACCUGUGGGGCAGUUUGAUGUGGGUGUGGUGGCAUCAUUUGGACGUCUCCUAAGUGAGGACCUUAUUUUGCAGUUCCCAUAUGGUGUGCUGAAUGUCCAUCCCAGCCAUCUCCCACGAUGGCGUGGUCCUGCACCAAUAUUCCACACAGUGCUUCAUGGUGAUAAAGUGACUGGGGUGACAAUUAUGGAAAUAAGACCAAAAAGAUUUGAUGUAGGUCCAAUUAUUAAGCAAGAAGAGUUUCCUGUUCCUCCCCACUGCACUGCAAAGGAGCUGGAAGUGAUGUUAUCAAAGAAGGGUGCAAACAUGCUGAUAUCAGUAUUGAAAAACUUGCCUGAAAGCUUAAAAAAUAAAAGAGAGCAACCAAAAGAAGGAGUAACAUUUGCUCCUAAAAUAACUAUAGCUAAGAGUUGUAUAAUAUGGGAAGAGCAAACGGCUGCACAAAUAAUUCAACUGCAUCGUGCAAUAGGAAGUGUGUUUCCUUUGCAGACGCUCUGGAAGGGUACUACUGUUAAACUUCGGGAUUUUGUAGAAGUGGAUAAUAUCCCUGGUUUUGCUGGUCGAAUAUUAGAUGACUCUGGAGCUGUUCCUGGUUCACUACUAUACCAUAAAGUGUCACAAAUGCUGAUAGCUCGUUGCAAGGAAGGCUGGGUUGGAAUCAAAACAGUUAUAUUAAAGAAGCAGCUUACAGCAGUUGACUUCUACAAUGGAUAUAUGCACACUUGGUUCCAGCAGAACUCAAGAACAGUUCACCAGGAAUGCAGAUUUCAAACACUCAAACUUAGCACAGCAAAAAAGACUCCGAAAAAGAAGGAAAUAUUGGCACAGGAUAUAAAACAAUAGAUGUAUUUUAAAAUGUGGAAGAAGAUGUUUCUAUGUUAAUAGUAAUAUAAAAUAUUGCAACGUUCACCUAUAACUUUAACUUAGUUAAGGGGUUUCUUCCCAGAGUGUUUAAUCUUGCUGUCAUCUACAUGUUUUUGUUGUGGCUUCCUGAUGAUACUCAUUUCUCUUUCCCCCAUCAAGGAAGAGAAUCUCUGUGAAUGCUGAAUAUAGUGAAUAAAUGCUUGUUUCCCCUAUUGAGUAAUAAAUUUAUUUUUAUACAAUGUUUUCACUUUCUUCUUGAGGACUUUCAGUAUAA